AUGGCGAAAAAGGCUGCUAACCCCUACGAUCCCACUGCUCUUCACGCGUCUGCCGAUGAUCAAUCUGCCAGAAAUUAUGGGGAAAAUCGAGGAGGUCGCGGUGGCAGAAACAACGGCUUUGUUUCACGCGGUGGCAACUCUAACCGUGGUGGUAGCUCUGGUUCUCGAGGCGGCCACUCCACAAAUCGCGGCGACAGAAGAGGCGGUCGCCAAUCUCCCGGCAGGGGCAGAGGAAAUCGUGGUGGCCGACAAACACAAUACCAGCCGCACAACACAUUCUGGCAGAACGCUAAUUAG